AUGGAGUCUUGGAAUCCAAACCACCCAAAUGGGUCAACCUCUGAUGACCACAACGACUGGGCUGGUUAUGGGUUUCCGGACCAGUCCGGACCUCUCGAUGAUGGCUCCCAGCCAUGGGCCCAGUCCAUUUCCGACCAGGCCAUGUACUCGUCAAUGGAUCAGCCAACGCCGAACGGGACUGGUUUCUAUCCAGCAACUACACACGCCGGGGGACAUCUUAUAAGCGAUGGCCUUGGUGGAACUCCUUCACUUCCAGCGGGGGAUUUCGGUGCAGGCCAUGUUGGGUUGCCUCAAUAUCAGAAUAGCCAAGAGUUCCUAGAUCCCAGCUUUGACUCCCUGCAACAGGAUCUCUUUAAUGCACAGAACAAACUGGAUAUGGUUCCCGGUUUGGGUGAUUUUUCUCCGGUCCAACCUCAUCAACGCCAGCCCGGGGCCCAGGCUUUUCAACAGCAAGGUUUUCCUUUCCCAUCCGGAAACGAGCAUGCUUUCCAGCAGCCUCUAUCCUUCUCCCCGUCUCAGCCGAUGGGUCGGCCCCAGGGUCAUCAAUCCAAUGCUCAACAAGCAUACGAGAUCGGACAUCCCCAGCCGCAACAACCUCAACCCCAGCAGCCGCAGCCAGCACCGCAGGCACAACCCCAGCACUCUCAGCAACAACCACAGCAGAGUUAUCAGCAACACCAAGUGUAUACUCAGCCCGCUCAACAGCCUACUCGGCAGCCGAUGGGAGGAGGCCAGAUUUACGGCGGCCCACAAGCGGCGACAUACCCCCAGGCUAUGCCGCCCCAACAGAAGCUGGGGCCCGCAUCGCAGAAUACCCUUACCCAACCUCAACCCCAAUAUACACAAGCGUAUUUGCAGCACCAUCCUUCAUCCUUCACCCAAACCACUUCCUCUCCAUCACCCGCAUCCACGCCGCAGCACGGAAAUCUAACGCAGGCCGGGAGGAAUAUUUCCAGCCAGAUUUCCUCACCCUCUUCUACACUUCAGUCUCCCGCGUCAAGUGCAAACGUUCAAGGAACCAAACGUACGGUGGAGCAGGCAGCCGCUCCUAGCCCUUCCCAGGCAUCCGUGGACUCCAACAUUUCAAGCGAACCGGCAGUCAAGAAGAGGAAACGUAGUAUCAAGAAGGUCUCCGAUACCGAUGCGGUGCCGGCUAGCUUGCAUACUGACGUCUCUAUUAAGACGACUGAUCAGCCGAGACCUCUCCCUCCGCCUAGGAUGACUAAAGAAGACAUGGACGCCAUCAACGACUUUCUAAAAGUAUCGUCUAGCGGCAAGACAAAAUUCCCCGGCGUCCAGGGAGCCUUUUAUCUUAUAAGCCCCCGUACUAUAAAGCUCCCAACCCCCAAGAGUUAUGAUAAGUUGGCGCCUCUCGUCGCAUUGCCUUCACAGUCUAGAAACCCCAUUCUUCCUGGACGCACUCUCCCCUGUGAGAUACAAGGUCAAUUCACGGAUAGGUUCAAGCCAUCCGGUAACGGAGCGGGCCUUGAGGACCGAAGGCGUGAUGCCAAGGAUCUUCUGGCUCAGUUUGAGAAAUCAAUGGCCGGUCUAGGUUCUCGUCGUCCCAAAUACACAGAAUAUCCUCAUGCAUUCAAGGAGCAGCUCAAGGCAGAUGAAGCGUCCAAGGCCAAGGCCGAAAGGCUUGCGCGGAAGCUCGCCGAGGAGGAACGUAAUAAGCCUGUCCGGCCAGAGACUCGCCCGGAUGAUCCCAUUGAGGGCGCAGCCUGGGACAUUAUCGGUAUCGUCCAUAUCGAUGCUUCGGCGACUCGAACCACAGCUCUGUUGGCAGGUGCUGUUCAGCAGGCAGGCGAAUAUAUCAUCGCGCGCCGAGCUGAAAUGAUGAGGGCGAGACAGGACGUCGAUCAGGCGACCAGGGAGAAAAAACUCGAGGAAGUACCGAAACUCCAAGCAAAUGCCGACUUGAAGCAGCAAAUCCUCUGCCGCACGUUGGAUGCUGCCAACGAGGUGGGCGAUGAGGUAGUCUUAGAGAAUCUCGGAGGCCACAGCAAACUGGUGCUUAACCUGAUGAAUCUACUGAUCGCUUGCAUCAAAGCCGGAGAUUUCUCGGGUCAAAUGCUCAAAUCAGCUCUCCGACUGCUCGCAAACUUCAGGAUCACUCAGAAGAUAGCAUCACAGACAAACCUGGAAACCAUCCGGCGCCGCCUCUCGGAUAAGGGCGAUGCAGAAGUAAAGGAAUACCUAGCUGCAAUCAUGUCAAAAAUCAAGAAGGGCAAAGAGCCGGAUUCAGAGGCAUCUCCCAAGAAGUCUACGACCACCUCGUCAACCAAGGCAAAGCUGGCAUCCUCGAAGAUGGCCACCGACAGUGCUCCUGGUAAACGAGCUCGCCCCGAUGAGCCCGACUCUCGUAGCGCCAAGAAACAAGCCAUAGACUUGGGCGCAACGGCAUCCUCCUCCCAAGCCUCCUCGAAGUCGGGAACAGUGGCAGGUGCUACCCAGUCGAAGCCCGCGUUAACCAAGCCUCGUCCAUCGGCGGGCAUUCUUCCAGGGAAGAGCCGAGCAGUUUCCAAACCCGCUCCCAAGAUUGAACCCACCAAAUCUGAACCUGUGAAGUCUGACACUGGCAAGCCUUCGACCACCGAGGAUAAGCAAAACGUCAAGGUUGAGCAAAAGAAAGCGACAGUGAAGCCCGAAUCGAAACCCGAAAUUCCCAAACCUCCUAAACCCUCGUCAGUCUCCGCUAGCCUUGGAGGCAUCGCCUCCCUCCUGGACUCGAUCAACGCGCCAAAGCCUCAGGCCAAGCCCCCGCCGAAGGACCCCAAGGAAGAUCGCGAGAAGAAGGAAACGCCCGAGGAGAGGGCGAAGAGGCUCAAGAAGGAAGCGCGCCGACGAUUGCGCGUCAGCUGGAAGGCAGACGAAGAGCUCGAACAAGUGAGAUACUUCCAUAAGGAGGACGAGGAAGAUACUGGUUUCGACUCAAGGAUGACACGUGACGCGGCAGACGACAAGGGUGAAGGCAUGGUUCUGAAGAGGCGAGGCAAGGUCCUAGACGAGGACGAGGAGGAUGAAGAAGACGAGCUUCCCUAUCGACCCUGGCUGGACCCUACGCCAAUGGAUUUCUCCAAUAUCCCUGAAGAUUACAGGAAGAAGACCUACACAACUCGGGGUGGUGACCUUAUCGUGAAUACCAAGGAGCAAAAGUUCAUGGCGGAACGUGAACAAAAGGUCCUGAUUGCCAUUUAUCAGGAUAUUUCCGACAUCCCUCCAACGCCCAAGAGCCCGCUAGCAAAUAGGGCCGAACCUAUGGUGGAGACUAAGAUUGGCCAUCUGCCGCGGGAUGAACCAAGGUUUGAGGAAAUCCAUCGACGCUGGAAGGAGGUACAGCAGCUCGGAAGGGAUUCCGCUUUGCAAUAUGCAAUGAAACGAAUUGAUUCCAGGAAAGCUCCCGCCAACCAGGUGAACUCAAUCCUUGAUACUCUCAGGUCCGCCGCUGCCAGUGGCCAGGUACCCCCCGCUCGCGUACCGGAGUUGCACCAAGGCGCAGUACCCGCUGCGGUCCAGUCCUUGCCCCGGGACGAGCAGAUCAUUGCGCUUCUUACCAGCGAUAGGGCCAAGCAAUGGAAAGAUCCGGAGCCCACUCCUACUACGCACCGUCGCCAUGACUACCCGGAUCCUCGCGUUCAACAAGCUGCUGACAUUGUUGAGGAGGUUACAACUAAACUAGCCGGCCACCCGUACCCUCCAGUCGAGCCUCCCGAAUGGCUCAAGGAUAACAAGGAGGCUGUAAAGGAAUGGUGGCUCGGCUACAACAAGGACGCUGCUGCGAAGGCGAAGAAGGAGGCAGAGGAGAAGGCUCGAGCUGAAGCUGAACGAUUCACGGCCAUGCAGAACCAAGCUGGAGCGGAUGCCUGGGCUGCGUACUAUGCUCAACAGCAAGCGUACGCCCCUUACAUGGCAAUCCUGCAACAGAUGCAAGCCGGCAACGUUCCACAAGCAACAGCACCCACGUCUGCACCUGCCCCCGUGCCCGCUCAGGCUCAGUCAGGGCAGACAGGCACCAAUGAUCAACUUCAAGCUGUCCUUGCAGCUCUUGGGCAAUCCCAGACCCAGCCAAGUACAGUGGCCCCAGCCGUCGCGUCCGGUGCGGCUCCUCAGAUUCAUCCCAACGACACUACGUAUCAGCAGCUCAUGAUGCUUACGCAAAUAGCAUCGCAACAGCAGCAGAGCACGCAGCAACAACCACAGCAAGGUCAGCAUGGCCAACAGCCACCGCCACACCACCACCGCUCCGGUGGCGACCAAGGUCUCACUCUAAAUUACGACGACGCUCCCCCACGCGAAUGGGACCGCGAGCGUGAGCGUGAUAGGGAUAGGGACAGGGAUUGGGAUCGAGACAGGGACAGGGACAGGGAUAGGGAGAGAGACAGAGAUGGCCGACACGGCGGUAAUGGUCGUGGAAAGCACAAGACCUCGGGAAACCUCCCACCCCACCGGCCAGUUAACCGAGCGCUUAUCGGAACCAAGCCAUGCAUAUUCUACAAGCAAGGCACAUGUGCCAGGGGUGACCAGUGUACAUUCCGACACGAGUAG